AAUGUCUAGCCUCCGCUGCCGGUAUAUCUCCGUCUACUCCAAAGCCGCAGGGACAUUUUAGGUCGCGAAGUAAUAAAGAAGGAAAGCGAACGGAGGUUGUUGAUUUCAGUCGGAGAAGAAUCUCCUGCGAUCUGCCAACGAGGAGUCCGACUCUUUCAGCGGAGAUACGUCGUUCAAGCUCCAUAAACUCUCCGUCGAAGAUCCAAAAAUCUCCGGCGCUGGUAGCGCGGUUGAUGGGACUGGAAGCGGUGCCGGCGACGCCAGUUGAAGAACCGUCUAACGAGAAGAGGAGGAAGCUGUUGGGAGCGUUAGAGAAAUGUGAUAACGACUUGAAGGCUCUCAAGGAUAUUAUCAUGGCGUUUCGGUCACCGGAGAGUGAUCAACCGGCAACGGCGGUUGCAGGAAAUUGUCUGAAUCGAGACAAAGUAAAAACAAUUUCUGAACGGAAGUGUAGGGACUGUAACUGUGGCGAUAUAGAGAAGCAGCAGCAGCAUCCCAGUGCAGCGUCCGUGUUUAACGAGUCCAGUCGCUCGCAUCUGAACAGAAUCAACCGUACAGGCAGAGGGCGUGAAAAUGGACAACAAGAAACACAGCAACAGGCAAAGAAGAAGAACCCACCAGCAAUUGAAGAUGAGGACACAAUCUCCAUCUCCUCCUUGAACCCAAUUUCCAAAUUACAGGAACGGAUCAUAAAGUUGCAGCAGAUCAGCAACAGCACACACUUAACAACGAUGAAGAAGGAGAAGAAGGAACAGGAAGAUCCGGCAUUAACGUGGAGAAGCAAGGCCAUGGCGGAGAGCUUGGACGAAAUCUCCAACCAAAUCUCAUGGGGCUUCAAACACGAGAUGGCCAAAAUAGGUAUGGUUUUACAACACCACAUUUACAGAGAGCUGAUUGAUGAAAUGCUCACUGAUAUGGUCACCAAAUCUUCUGCUUGCUUUCUUCCCUUCCAUUCUUCUCCUCUCCCUCCCUUUGAAGCAUGUAGGAGAAGACUUCGUUUCUGAUUGUUUUUUUUUUCUUUUGUGUUUAGUUUACACACAAAUUAAUUUAAAUUUCGAUACUUUUGUGUAGCCUUCCAAGAAUUAUGAUGAUCCGACUAUAAAUUUAGUUGGUUUAUGG